AUGGAAAGAGAAAGCACCGUGGAGAAAGUCAAGGAAAUGCUCCAAAGAUAUUCUUCGAGGGGAGGCACAUUUUCUGAGGGAAGCUUCCUGUCUGAUAUAGACAUGCCGUCGGAUGCGUCCUUCACGUCUUUGGAGGAGGAGCUUGCUGGAAGAAUCAUAAAGUCGCUGAGAUAUUGCAAGGAAGUGUCAGAAAUGAUUAGAAGAAGGAGAGGGUGCAUUUCAAGGAAGGAGAUUGUGGAGUGCAUGCUGAUCCUUGAUAAAAUCAAAAGGAAUAUUGAAGGGCCAAGGAGACUAAGGAGGACAUGGGUAAUCCUAGUAGUAUCUAUAGGAGUGGGAUUGGUCGGAAUGGCGUGCAUUUCUGCUAAAUGCUAUUUCUAG